AUGCCUAGCACACUACAGAAAGUUCGCAAACAGAUUUCCAAGAAGCGCAAUGGAGACGUCAACGCAUUGCAUGAAAAAUCUAGAAACUCCAUGAGGCUGCACAAAGCCGGAGUGAGAGAUCAAAGACUGGAGAAACUCGCUGCGGCUAGGAGCAAGAGGGAACAGCCCAUUGUGGAACGCGUAACCUUUUUUCAACAAAAUGUGAGAGAGCAAGGCACUGAGCCGCUUGAAGUGGCUGCCAUCCAGGCACUCAUCCAUACAUUUGUUCACCAGUACGAUGAAGAGUACGAGGCUGUGAAGAAGACUCGCCGGGCCGGGCGACCAGCCAGCACCAAGGAAGACUUGUUGAGGAUGAAGAUAGCCGCGCUUGAAGAAGAGUACACAAAAGGAUUCCUGCUCCCCGAUGUUACUUCAGCGGAGAAUGUCAAGCUCUUGGAUGCCUGGGAAGGCUCCUGGGUAUACCUUACUACCAUCCCCUGGAUCAAAGUCACGAAUACCGGCAAUGUUCGCAAAUCUGAGCUGCCCUCAAAGGCCCUUAACUGA